UUGACCGAGGCCAUGUGAGUCGAUUCAGAAUCGAUAUAAUCCUGUCUCUUCAACCGUCUCAAUGUCGUUCAUUCUUCUUCUCGCACACCACCUACACUUCCUAUCACAUCACCAUGGAAGAACAGUUUGAUGUCCUCAUCAUCGGCGCGGGCAUAUCAGGCAUCAACGCUGCAUAUCGCCUGCAGUCGCAUUUCCCUCACUAUCGCUAUGCCAUUCUUGAAGCACGCGACCAGCUCGGAGGCACCUGGGAUCUCUUCAAGUAUCCUGGUAUCCGCUCCGAUUCGGAUCUUUUUACCUUUGGUUUUGCAUGGUAUCCUUGGGACCAGGACAACCCGAUCGCUGAGGGCUCGUCCAUCAUCGAGUAUCUUCACCGGGCUACCGCCAGCAAGGGUAUAGACCGGCGCAUCCGAUAUCAGCAUCGUCUGCUGGGCGCCGACUGGUCCUCUUCAGAGAAACGCUGGUCGUUGGCUGUCGAGCAUGCAGGCCGCUCCCAGUCGAUGUCGGCGCGGUUCAUCAUUUUCGGUACUGGCUACUACGAUUACCAGCAGCCUCUGCAGGCGGACAUUCCCAACUUGACUCAAUUCAAUGGCCAAAUAAUUCACCCGCAGUUCUGGCCCGAGGACCUUGACUAUAGCGAUAAGCGCGUUGUCAUCAUUGGCAGCGGCGCAACGGCCAUCACAUUGCUCCCCAAGAUGGCCGAAAAGGCGGCGCGAGUGACCAUGUUGCAACGCAGUCCAACUUACAUUCUGUCCUUACCCAAUCGUCAACGCUCACCACUGCGGUACAUCCUGCCGACUGCCUGGUUUCGCCAACUGCAGCGCAUAAUCUGGCUGUUCACCGCGCGGUUCUUUUUCCUUUUCUGCCAGGCUUGCCCAACAGUGGCGCGUGCCAUCCUCCGUGUGCAAGUCAGUCAACAGCUACCGAAGGCGGUGUCACUGGCACCACAUUUUGUGCCGCGUUAUAAUCCCUGGGACCAAAGGUUGUGUGUCUGCCCCGAUGGGGACUUCUUCAAAGCGUUGCAUCACGGUGUGGCCGACAUUCGGACCGACACCAUCAAGACCGUUACCGCAACGGGGAUUCAGCUCGACUCGGGAAACACCCUUGAUGCUGACAUUAUUGUCACUGCAACAGGACUGCGUCUGCAGGUAGCGGGCGGAGCCUCCAUCACGGUAGACGGUAUUCCACAGCACCUAUCCCAGAAGUUCCUCUGGCGUGGUAUUAUGAUGCAGGAUAUCCCCAAUGCUGCUUUCGUUCUAGGCUAUACCAACGCGUCAUGGACACUCGGCGCUGAUGCGACUGCCCGCUUCCUGUGUCGCUUCCUGCGCGAACUGGACACCCGUGGACAGGCUGCCGCUGUGCCGCGGUUGCGCCCUGACGAGGCCCAGAAUUUGCAGCAAAAGCCGCUGAUGAACCUUAAUUCGACGUAUGUGGUGCGUGCGGCGGAGAAUCUGCCCAAAACUGCAGAUCAGGGGCCGUGGGUGCCGCGGGACAAUUAUUUGCAGGACCUCUGGUUUGCCAAGUUUGGGAGUCUGGAGGGACUGGAAUUCAUCGGAGAGGCCAAGAAGGCGCAAUGAAGUGGGGCUGGCC